UAUACAAUUGAAGACUACUAAUUGAUGGGUAUUGUCUACUUCUAUAAACAUGUUACAGGUUUUACGCAGCAGAGACACUAUUAGCCCUAGAAUAUCUCCACAUGAUGGGCAUUGUCUACCGAGACCUAAAACCAGAAAAUGUGCUUGUUAGAGAAGAUGGUCACAUAAUGCUUACAGAUUUCGACCUUUCUCUCAAAUGCGAUGUCGUCCCAAAGCUCAUUAGGCGCAAACCCGACCCACCCCCGCCAUCUGAACCGAACGACAACAUUCAAAAAUGCUCAACACCUUCCUGUGCCAUACCUAUCCAACCCGUGCUCUCUUGCCUUUUAUCAUCCUCACUCAAGAAAAUCAAACCUAAUAAUCACACUUCAACAACAACAAUCACAGCACAAGCUGAUGCUGAAGACAACUAUGAUACAGAAAUGGUGGCGGAACCCAUCACCGCCCGCUCCAAGUCCUUCGUUGGGACCCACGAGUACCUGGCGCCGGAGGUGAUCUCAGGGCAAGGCCAUGGGAGUGCAGUGGACUGGUGGACUUUUGGGGUAUUCUUGUAUGAGCUCUUGUAUGGGAAAACACCCUUUAAAGGAGAGAACAACGAGAAGACUCUCAUUAACAUAUUGAAGCAGCCACUGAGUUUCCCAAGAAUAGGUGUUAGUAGCAGUAAAGAGUAUGAAGAGAUGGUGAGAGUUCAAGACCUGAUUAGCAGGCUUUUGGUGAAGAAUCCAAAGAAGAGGAUUGGGAGCUCAAAGGGUUCUGUGGAGAUCAAGAGGCAUGAGCUCUUCAAGGGUGUGAAUUGGGCUCUGAUUAGGUCAGUGAGGCCUCCUGAGGUUCCCAGUGAUCUGCAGAAGGUUAGGACUAGAGCUGUGGUGCCUAAGUUAAGCAAGAAAGAGAGAGAUGCACCAUAUCAGAUCCCUCAGCAUUUUGACUACUUUUAAGUGUAAAUAAAUAGUAGAUUAACUGGAAAGCAAAUAGUAUCAUGUUUGACACAACAAAGAAAAAUCUGUUUUCCUAUGUUUUUCCUUAGCUAAUGGCAAAUAUUUGGAUAAUGUAUGACUAGUUUUGAUAUUAUUUAUGUCAGAUUACUACAUGCUUACAUCUUA